AUGAACUACGGUGAAAGCGGAUUGUGUGAGCUUUUAGAAGAAAUUGAAGGGCAUGAUGUAGAACUACAUGAAGAAGCACUUGGAUGUGGUCUUGGGGUAUACGGUUAUCAACUGGUAGAUUGGACUGGCUUUGAUAUAAUCAAAAAUACUUACGAUGUCAACAUCAGAAUUGAUGACCCACUUGGUACCAAGAGUUUGGAGUAUUUUGUUCCACCGCGAUUAGGACGAUUGAUGUCAACGUCUCACCACACGACCUCUUACCUGUAUGCAACAAACUGUGCUAAAGACUGUCUAGCCCUCCCUCCCUCCAAGUGUCUUAGUUUUAAUUAUGACUACGGUGAAAGCGGAUUGUGUGAGCUUUUGGAAGAAGUUGAAGGUCAUGAUGUAGAACUACAUGAAAGUGGCAUGUUUUAUAACUUUGAACGUCUUGGUAUUGGCCAUGCUGUAGAAUUCCUUCACAAUGACCUAUCACUCAGACACAAUGGCUUGUAUGUGUUCAAUCUUCAUCUUAAUAACACGUUAGGUUAUAGUAAUGUUAUUAGUUCUGAGGGAAUACUGGUAGAUUUUACAACACCGGAACCAGGACCGAUCAGUAAUGCCAUCUAUGAUGAAGUCAACCAUGAGACCUGUACAGAAUAUGUACCAGAUGAGUGGGAAAACAGAUGUAUACAAGAAACGCCAUUACCAAAUCAUAGGUCUAUUAUUGAUGGUCCAGGCUCAAUGUGUGUAUUUAACGGUCAGGAACCUUUGAUUGAUACUUUCUAUACAAGAGCCAAUAAAUACGUUUCAGCUAACUGGGAUGGAUUCUAUGAUCUGGAGACCCAUAUAUUUGGAUACACAUGGACUGUGGGGACAGAUCACUGUUUAGAUGAUAUCCAUCCACAUAAAGAUCCCCAUAGUCAUUUAUUUGAUGAAAGUGAAUGGACACAUACUGGUAUAGCUCAUCCACUUGAAUUAGAUGAUGGUCAGUACCAUGUGACAGUAAGGGCGCUGAACAAAGUGGAAUUUGGUGGACCAUUGGCGACUACUGUUUGCCAUUCAACACCAUAUACUAUUGAUAAUACACCACCUGUAGUAUAUCAUGUCCAUCUCAUUGAAUAUGAUGAAAUAUCAUGCCAUAUAUUUGUAGAGUAUGAUGUCAG